AUGACUAUCACGAAUGGCACAGUACCUCAUAACCCGCCGCAUGCCGCGACGGUCAUAUCCGCGACCGAACUAAUCGGUAACACGCCUUUAGUACGCCUGAACAAGAUCCCGCAGUCUUUUGGCAUCGAGAGCGAAGUAUAUGCCAAAGUAGAACUCUUCAACGCUGGCGGUUCCGUCAAGGACCGCAUUGCCUUGCGGAUGAUCGAAGAGGCUGAGCGAAGCGGCCGUAUCAAGCCUGGCGAUACGCUAAUCGAGCCCACCAGUGGAAACACUGGUAUUGGUCUAGCAUUAGUCGGCGCGAUCAAGGGAUAUAAGACUAUUAUUACUUUACCUGAAAAGAUGUCUGCCGAAAAGGUCUCUGUGCUGAAAGCCCUAGGCGCAACCAUCAUCCGCACACCGACCCAGGCGGCGUGGGAUAGCCCCGAGAGUCAUAUCGGUGUGGCGAGGAGGUUGGUUAAAGAAAUCCCCAACGCGCACAUAUUGGAUCAAUACUCAAAUGAGAAUAACCCGCUCGCCCACGAAUUUGGCACGGCCGAGGAGAUCUGGGAACAAACCGGCGGCAAGAUCACAUGUAUCGUAGCCGGUGCCGGAACAGGUGGCACCAUUACGGGGUUAGCAAAGGGGUUGAAGAAACAUAACAAGGAUAUCAAAGUUGUGGCUGCCGAUCCCGAAGGAAGCAUAUUGGCUUUGCCCGAGGCGCUUAAUGAUGAGCACCGCGAUGAGCCGUACAAAGUCGAAGGAAUUGGUUACGACUUCAUACCUGAUGUGCUCGAUCGAGAAAAAGUUGACAAGUGGUACAAGACAGACGACAAAGAGUCAUUCAAGCUUGCGCGACGGUUGAUUUCUGAAGAGGGGCUACUUGUUGGCGGAAGCUCUGGCAGUGCGCUGAGUGCUGCGUUGAAAGCAGUCAAGGAUCUCGGGUUGGGUAAGAACGACGUUGUCGUCGUCAUUCUACCGGAUAGCAUCCGAAGCUAUCUGACGAAGUUUGCGGAUGACGACUGGCUGGCAGCUAAUGAUCUUUUACCGCCUGCCGACUCGGCGGCAAAGGAAGCGGUAGCUAAUGUCGAUUCCGAGAAGAAAUCCGAGGACCUUUACUCUGGAGCAACGGUUCGCUCACUAAGACUGAAACCGGUCCUCUCAGUCCUUGCCACCAGCCCGUGCGCCGAGGCUAUCGAGACCAUGCGUGACAAGGGCUACGAUCAACUUCCGGUUCUUGCCAGCGCUGGAGGCAAGCUCGUGGGUCUCGUCACCCUCGGCAAUCUCCUCAGCUACGUAUCGCGCGGACGAGCUAGUGGGCAAAGCCCGGUUAAGGAUGUCAUGUUCGAUUUUAGCAAGAUAGACGAGGUGGUUACCGACCCCAGAGAAGGAAAGGGAGGCAAGCGCCGCAAGUUUGUCGAGAUCACGCUUGACACGCCUAUCACGGAGCUUAGUAGGUUUUUCGAGUGGAAUAGCGCUGCCGUUGUCAUCGAACCUAGCCAAGGAAAAGCAAAAGCGCUCAGCAAGCCUGUCGCUGUGGUCACCAAGGUUGACUUGCUGACCUGGAUGGUCAAGCAGGUUAAAGUUUGA